GGCAGUUUUAUUUUAGAACGACCUACGUCGAAAGACGCCAUUCGCUCAAGAAUCUUUGUGGUCGCAUACCGUGUACCGUGGAACAUUAAAAUGGCGCCAAAUUUCAAGUCUGAGAAAGUUGGGAUCGUUGGGAGUGGUUUAAUUGGAAGAUCAUGGGCGAUGCUAUUUGCGUCAGUUGGGUACCAAGUCACAAUAUUUGAUAUUAUUCCCAAACAAGUUUCUGAUGCUUUAGCCGAUAUCAAAGUCCAGUUAAAAACAUUGGAAAAAGACGGUCUACUUCGCGGUACAUUUAAUGCGGACCAACAAUAUCAGUGUAUCAAAGGUUCAUCGGAUUUAGCGUCUGUCGUUAAAGGCGCCUUGUUCGUACAAGAAUGUGUUCCAGAGAACUUAGACCUCAAAAAGAAGCUGUAUGUAGAUUUGGAUAAAGUAGUUGAUGACAAAACCAUCCUAUCUAGUUCUACAAGUUGUAUAUUGCCUUCUCAUUUCUCAGAGAACUUGAAGCACAAAUCGCAGAUCAUCGUAUCUCACCCCGUGAAUCCCCCCUACUAUGUUCCAUUGGUGGAGAUUGUACCCGCUCCGUGGACGAAACCAGAAGUUGCAAAGAAGACAAAGGAAAUUAUGUUGGAAAUUGGUCAGGAGCCCGUUUUGCUGUCGAGAGAAAUCGACGGUUUCGUUCUUAACCGCAUUCAGUACGCAAUUCUAAACGAAGCAUGGCGUCUGGUUUCCGAUGGUAUCGUGAAUGUUGAGGAUAUCGAUAAAGUUAUAUCGGAAGGUUUGGGUAUGCGCUACGCGUUCCUCGGAUCUUUAGAAACUGCACAUUUGAAUGCUGAAGGAAUGAAGAGCUAUAUUGAAAGAUACGGUGAAACCAUUUACAACGUAAGCAAAACUUCAGGGGAAAUCCCGCGUAUGACACAAAGCACCAGCGCUAAUGAUAUCUGUGAACAGCUGAACAAACUAGUGCCCAUCGACAAAUUGCCUGAGCGUAGAGCGUGGCGUGAUGCUUGCCUUACUCGAUUGUCCAUCCUCAAGAAAGAAAUGAACAAAACGUACAAAAAGUAAAUAAAAUCAGUAUAGUUAGAUCUAAAGUUACUGUUUUUAUAUUCGAUGUUUACAAUAAAAUAUUUUGCUGAAAACAA